AUGCCGAUCAAUUAUAGCAAGUGGGAUGCACUCGAGCUGUCCGACGACAGCGAUAUCGAAGUCCACCCCAACGUUGACAAGCGUUCCUUCAUCCGCGCCAAGCAGAACCAGAUACACCAGCAGCGACACGAACGCAAGCACCGCAUAACCACCCUCAAGUACGAACGAGUGGUCAAUGAUGGCUUGCUCGCUCGCAUCGAUGCGCUUCUGACAUCGCUCGAGAGCCACCAAGCUGAGGUCGAAGGUAAGCGUGAUGCGAGUGAUGUCGACGAGGUUGUGUUCGAUUGCUUGCUGGAAGUUCAAAACGAUGGACGCCUGGGCGAGGAUCAACCGCCUGUACCUCCGGAAGGUGUGCACACGCAGGAACAGCAACCGAGCUACAGCAAGAUGAUGGGUGCGCUGAUCGAUCAGGUCAAAGCGGAGGUGGACAAGUCCAAGGCUGCGGGCACCAAGCGGUACGAAGCGUAUGUGAAGGAAGUUGGUGGGCACAGGAACAAGGUGCAAGGGUUGCAGAAAGAUCUCCUGACCGAGCUGAACAAGCUGGAGAAGGAAGAAGGCAGUAAGAUCACGAGUGAGGGCAUCCACACUGGAUUCAGCAGCUCGCAUGUCGCGAAACCGAAGCCCGUAGCAGCUACAACAAAUACUGGACCAGAGCUACUAAACCCAGGCCGACCAGCGAUAUCGAACGCAGCAGAAACGCCAGGCUCAGAAGCAGAUAUCGAGGACGGCGGUCUUAGCCCUGCACCCGGCGAAGAUGAAGAAAUGGAUGCCUCACCGCUUGCUAAACGCUUUGGUAAGAUCAAGUUCGGCGACUACCAAGCUAGCAUGCAAUUCAUUAGCCAACAUCCGGAAGUGCUGGCGGAGAAGGAGACAGACGGUUUGCUGGUUGAGGCCUUCACCGCUCAACAGGAAGCCACAAGUAAGAAAGACGAGGACUACGCUCGGCAAUGCGUCCACCAAGCGCUUCUGCUACAGUACUGCCGACAACUGGGCAAGGACGGCGUGGGUCUGUUCUUCAAGCGCAUCCAAACGCCCAAUCACCAAGCCCGGAAGUUGUUCCUGGACGACGUGAACAACACCUACGCUCGAAUCCGCACGCGAACCGCCGAGCUCAACAAGAUGAAGGAAGAAGAAGGCGCGGACCGUGAACAGAUCCAACUCCACGCCGUAGAUCCGAACACCACCAUCAACAUCGUCACCCCGCCGCCCAUGGACCAAUGCACGACCGAUGAGGAGCGAGCGAGCAGGGAGAUCUUCGAGUCUUUCCCACCCGGGUUGCAACGAGCGCUCGAGUCGGGAAAUCUGGAGAAGGUGAACGAGGUGUUGGGGAAGAUGAGCGUGGAUGAGGCGGAGCAGGUGGUUGAGCAGCUCGGGCAGGGCGGGAUGUUGAGUUUGGAGGAGGGUGUGAUUGAUGCUACGACUGAGGAGGGCAAGAAGCAGAUGGAGGAGAUUGAGAAGACUCAUCGGAUGCCCGUGCAGGGUGGUGUGGCGGCUGACGGUGAUGAUUUGGUAGCGGCGCAUGCCGCUGGCAAUGCUUUUGGGAUUGAGGACAUGGAUUAA